AUGGGUUUUUCCUACUACAGAUACGGACAACCUGGAGCAGAGCCUGAUCCCUUGAAUGGAGCAAAAAGACUUAGAGAACUUUAUGUGCUUGCAAGGACAAACGACACUGGAAAGUACACAGUUCCAUUCUUCUUCUUUCCUUCCAUGUUGAAUUUCUCUAAAUAUUACAAUGUUGUAAUGCUCUGUGAGAAUCCAUCUUUGGACCUAUCCCCUUCUCACUUGCAAACCCAAAUCGAUCAAAUCAAUGAAUGGGUGUUCAAUUUGAUUAGUAAGGGUGUAUAUAAAUGUGGUUUUGCUGGGAAGCAGGAGCCUUGUGAUAAGUUCAUUUCAAGUGCAACAAGAAACUCCCGCAUGAGUACCCUAAUCUAUUCAAUUACACUAAAAGCCAUCUUCCAAAUUCGAGGAAUUAGCAGCACAGUCAACAUGGAACACAUAAAGCAGCGUUAUUAUGGAAGCCAACCUACUGUCAAUCCGUUUGGUAGUAUUCCUCAAGGCCCAAAUAUUGAUUACUCUUCUCCUCAUGAUAGAGAGAAGUUUUCUACAUAG